UACAUUACGAUCCUGUUCUAUUCUGAAUUAACUCAACCAAGAACUGUUUUUAUCUUAGGAGUACCCCUGUAGUUAUCUCCCCUGUCUGUCCAUUGUAGAAGUUACAAACAUCGCCGUCCUCUUAAUUACCAGAAAUCCCAACGGAACUUUUAUUGAAAUUACAAAUGUAGAAAAACGACGUCGGUUAAAUUAAAACCAACUAUUCUUCUUCAUCUAUUCACACCUCUGUCUCUUUUCAUGUUCGUUCUGAAUUAAGAAUGGACAUUGAAUCACAGAUUGGAGAGGUAUCAAAGUACAAUGUUGUCUCUUUGAGUGAGUUUUAAAUUCUUAGUGUGUACUGUACACUCAAUGAAUAUAUGUGUGAUUCUAAGUGACUCACAUUUCUGAGUUUACUUCAUGGAAAGCAUCUAGGUGGUAACUGAACAAGUGUGAAAGUUAAAGAAACAUGUCCUCAAAAUAUUUUGUCUAAAUCCACAGUUAUUCAGAUUUUCAGUAAUUUUGCUGACUUCCAUAACUGGUCAUCCUCCAUAGGGAAAUGUGUGAUACAAUAUCAUCACCAAAUAAGGACUUCUCAGUUCAUCAACAGAAUCAUAAUACAGAAAGAUUAUUUCGUUGUGAAAUAUGUGAUAAAAUAUUCUCUCUGAAAAGGUCUUACCUCCAUCACAAACACAGCCAUUUGAAAGAAAAGACAUUCUCUUGUGAGAUUUGUGAUAAAAGAUUUGUCUGGAAGAGCCAGUUGUCCUACCACAUACGUGCUCAUACAGGAGAGAAGCCUUACACUUGUGAUAUUUGUGAUAAAGCAUUUGCUCGCAAGAGCAAAUUGGCCAUUCAUGAGCGUAUUCACACAGGUGAGAAACCUUACCAUUGUGAAAUUUGUAAUAAAACUUUCUCUGAAAAUAGUUCAUUAACUUCUCACCAACAUGUUCACACAGGGGAGAAGCCAUACCAUUGUGAAAUUUGUGGGAAAAGAUUCUUUCGAAACGGUCACUUAUCUAUUCAUGUGCGGACACACACGGGAGAAAGGCCAUACAGUUGUGACAUUUGUGCUAAAUCAUUCUCUAGAAAAAGUGGUUUGUCUGCCCACAAAUUAACUCACAGUGGGGAGAAACCCUACCAUUGUGAAACUUGUGCGAAAGUAUUCGCCAACAAUUACAAUUUGAUGAGGCACAAACUGACCCAUACUGGAAUAAAACCACAUCGUUGUGAGAUUUGUGGAAAAGAAUUCUAUCGAAAUAAUCACUUAUCUAUUCAUGUACGAAUUCACACUGGCGAAAAACCAUAUGUAUGUGAAAUCUGUGGUAGAGCAUUCUCAGACAAAAGUGGGUUUCGUGGUCACAAAUUUACUCACGUUGCUAACAAACCUUUCCCCUGUACAAUAUGUGGUAAGUCGUUUUCACAAAACCGUCUGCUACUUUCCCACACACUAAUUCAUACUGGUGAGAAGCCAUUCCGUUGUGAUAUUUGUGAUAAGGCAUUUUCUCGUAAAAAGACUUUAUCUAACCAUAGACGUAUUCAUACAGAAGAGAAAUCCUACAGUUGUGAAAUUUGUGGACAGAAAUUCUUCCUCUAUGACGGCUUUUGUCACCAUAAAAAAACACAUACUGAUUGGAAUCAGGUAGAAUGUGGAUUUUGAGGUAAGUUGCUUUAAGGUAGGGAACCUUAAAUUGGUUCCAAUCUUUGCUGAGAUGUAAUUUCAAGAACACUGACCCCUAUCAACUUAAUAAGGAAUGGUUCAGUGCCAAAAUAACAUCACAUUAGAAAUAAUAGUAAAGAAGAAAAAAAGAAAGGAAAAAAAAGUAAUGGAAAACAUUCAAAUGUUAAGACACACUGUACCUUUUUUUGUAAACACAGGAAAGAAAAAUAUAACAUCUAAAUACAUUUGAUUUGUGAACGAUAAUGCUGCCAUAGAUAAAAUGAUAACAGAAUCCUCCAAAUCAGUGAAGAAAUGAAAGUCUGCUUGGUUGACAAAUUUAAUAUUUUCCAACAGAAAACAGUUGAUUACAUAUUAUGAAAAUGAUAAUAAAAAUUAUCAGAAAGACUAGAUAACUUUACAAACAGGCUGAUAAAACUCUAGCAGCUGCCACAGGGGGAAGCCUCUGUGUAGUUACUUAUCUUUUAGAAAUAGCAACGCAAAUCUCUUUCAAUUCACACUGUUGUCCUUAUAAAAGAAGGGAUUAAUAUAGUCUUAAACUACAGUCUGACCGUGGAAGGAAUACUCUUCAACUAAAUGUAUACCAUGAGCUAGUGAAAAAAAAAAUCUCUGGUCACUUGACCAGCUAAAAAUAACAGUUAAAUCACACCUUGCCAUCUUAAUAAAAGGAUGACUCAUUAUUUUGCUGUUGUCCUAGAUAUAUUAUGUCUGAAAAAAUAUACAGGAUAUUGAUCACAGCUGAUAUUCUUUUGAACUGGGCCUGCUUACCACCACCAAUCAGGGAAGUGAUCUGUAAAUCAUGUAACUAAAAAGAUCCAGUGAUAUAGUAGAUUUGUUGAUAUAUUAUGUAAUGCAUUCUUGAGUAAUGCUUAAAAUGUAUUUUAAUGAUCAUACAUAACUGUACACAUGUAUAUAAAUACAUACAUAUGGC